GGUUGUCAUCAGCAUCAGCAGCAGCAACAGCAGCAUCAUCAUCUUGAAGCAGCGCUCGCGCGCACAGAAGGGGAACCGAGCAGAGGUGUUCAUGGUAGCAGUAGUCUGAGACGCAACUCGGCGCACUCACGCACUUCUCGCACGCACGCACGCACGCGGUUACCCACGAGCGUGCGCACGCACGCGGUUACUCGCGAGCGUGUACGUAUGUAUCGCGCUCUCAAAUGUUUUAUUAUUACUACUAAACACGAGUGACGUAGUUGCCAUUACCGUCGCCCCGUGGGGUCCCGCCUUGGCACACACAGUUACACACACACACGGAGGCGCGCUCUCACACACACACACACGCGCAGAAGUACACGCGCGCGUUCAGGCAGCGCACGCGUUCGCACCGCACGGAGGAGACCAGGAGCGGAGAGAGACAUCACACGCGCGCUCCCAGCCCGAGCAGCGUAUGGCAUGUGGCUCGUCAGCGUCCUCCUUCUCUGCCCAGUCCUAACCGCACGGGGCAAUGAGGUGGGCCCCAGCCUGCACUAUGCGGCCGGCUUCCCCCAGCAGGUGACCUUUCUGGCACCGGCAGGCACACUCCUGCCCUGCCCGGUGUCCGGAACGCCCAGCGCUCGCAUCUCGUGGUACCGCGAGCUGGGAAGCCCCGCGAGCGACGAGUCCGAGGAGGUGCACGACUCGCUUGGCGUGCGGCAGCUGCAUCCCAACGGCUCCCUGCAGCUGCUGCCCAUGACGGGAGAGAAGAGCGCCGGCCCCAGCCUCCAUGACGGCACCUAUUACUGCACGGCCGAGAACGCCGCGGGCAGACUCCGCAGCCUGCCCAUUCGGCUGACCGCCGUGUUCCGUGAACCGUACACCGUGCACGUGGAGGAUCAGAGAGCCAUGUUGGGCCAGACGGCCGUCUUCCGCUGUCUCGUGCCGCCCUCUCUGAGCGAACACAUCUCGAUCGUCUCAUGGGAGAAGGACACUGAGCCAAUAAGCUCCGGAGACCGCUAUCGCAUCUCGUCCACGGGAGCCCUCUACGUGUCGGACGUGCAGACAGAGGACGGCCUCUCAAGCUACCGCUGCUCCACCCGCCACCGCUACACGAGCGAGACGCGGCAGAGCAAUAGCGGCAGGCUGACCGUCACCGAGUUGGUGAACUCUGCGCCGUCGAUUCUGGACGGCUUCUCGUCGCACGUGGUGGCGGCGUCGGGUUCGCGCUCCGAGCUGGCGUGCACGGCCGCGGGACACCCGGCGCCGCGUUCCCGCUGGCUCCGCGACGGCGUGCCGCUGCCUCCCGACCGGCGGCGGGGCGCGGGCGGCUCGGGCCUCGUCAUCACCGACACGACGGUGGAGGACUCGGGGGCCUACGUCUGCGAGGUGUGGAACAGCUUCGGGGUGGCGGCCGUCAGCGGGAGGCUCACCAUCAAAGCCCCCGUGGUGGUGAGGGUGGAUCCACACCGUCUCAAGACCACGCUGAGCGGCACGGCGGAGUUCUCCUGCGAGGUGUCGGGAGCGGCGGGCGACGGCAUGGUCACGUGGUUCCACAACGGCGACCCGCCGACCCCUACGGCCAGCGUAUCGGGGGCCCAGGGCGAACGGCUGUCGGUGCACGCGGCUGGCAGGAGUGACGGCGGGACGUACCAGUGCGUGGCGCGGGGCGAGGGGGGAGACACCGCCCAGGACUUCUCCAUCCUCAUGCUAGAGGACGGUAGCCCGAAGAUCGCCUCGUCGUUCAGCGAGCGCGUCGUGAGCCCCGGGGAGCCCUUCUCGCUGCAGUGCGUCGUGCGCGGCUCUCCGCCCCCCACCAUCGCCUGGACCCUCGACGGCGAGCCGGCCCUCUCGCGCGACGCUCCCCAUCGCCGCGGAAACCACAUCGUCACCCACGGUGACAGCGCAGGGCCUGCGGCGGCGGCAGGGUCAGGGUCAGAAGCGAGAGUGGCAGAAGCGGGAGAAGGUGGAGGAGAAGUUGGAGGUGCCGUGGUGACCGGCUAUCUGAACGUGACGGGCGCGCGCGUGACGGACGGCGGGGUGUACCGCUGCCAGGCCGGCAACACCGCGGGCCAGGCCGAGUACCAGGCACGCAUAAACGUAAGAGGAUCUCCAAGCAUCCGUCCGAUGCGCAACGUGACGGCUAUUGCCGGCAGAGAAGCCUACCUCCACUGCCGCGUCAUCGGCUACCCCUACUAUUCCAUCCGUUGGUUGCGAGAGGGCACUCCGCUACCCUAUAACCACAGGCAAACGGUGUUCGCCAAUGGAACAUUACGCCUGGCAGACGUGCAGAAGGGCAUGGAUGAGGGGGCAUACAUCUGCAGCGUGCUGGUGCAGCCCGGAGCCAGCCCAAGCCGGAGUCUUAUUGUCACUGUGAAAGAGCCGCCGCUCAUCCAGCCAUUCGAGAUGCCGGCGGUAACGCAGGGCCAGCGCGUCUACGUGCCCUGCGUGAUCGUGUCCGGCGACUCGCCCAUCCGCAUCACGUGGCACAAAGACGGGCAGCCGCUGCCGCCUCGCCUGGGCGCCCAGGUGGAGACAACGGAAUUCAUCAGCUCGCUGCUCAUCCCAAACGUCACGCAGCUCCACAACGGCAACUACACGUGCCUGGCGAGGAACGAGGCCGCCACCGUCAGCCACGGGAGUCAGCUGAUCGUCAGAGUGCCACCACGUUUUGUGGUUCAACCCAAGGACCAAGAUGGGAUUUUCGGGAAGCCUGUGGUUUUGAACUGCUCAGCCGAUGGCUACCCAAUACCCAAGAUUAUCUGGAAGUACUCAAAAGGCAACGGGAACCCACAGUUCCAGCCAGUGCUGAGUGGCGGUGGCCGCUUCCAGCCGCUCGGGAACGGAUCCCUGCUCCUCCGUCAGGUGCAGGAGGAGGACGGAGGCUUCUAUCUGUGCCAAGUCAGCAAUGGAGUGGGCACCGACAUCAGCAAGUCGAUGCUGCUCCACGUGAAGAUCCCGGCCCUCGUGACCUCGCAGGCCAACGUGACGCUGGCGACCCGAGGCCAGCACAGCAACCUGCAGUGCUCGGCGCGCGGGGAGAGACCCAUCAUCAUCCGCUGGGAGAAGGAGGAGACGCUCAUUGAUCCCGAGCGCAUGUUCCGCUAUGUCGUGUACACGCAGGACACGGGGGAUGAGCUGCUCUCCACCCUGCAGAUACUGCCUACGGUACGCGGAGAUUCUGGCUUCUUCACGUGCCACGCCAUCAACUCUUACGGCGAGGACAGAGGGCUCAUCCAGCUCACCGUGCAAGAGCCCCCGGACCCCCCAGAGGUGGAGGUGAGGGAGGUGAACGCUCGCACCAUCACCUUGCGAUGGACCAGCGGUUUUGACGGCAACAGUCCAAUCACCGCCUUUGACAUUGAGUACAAGAACAGAUCAGAAACUUGGGAACAGAAGCAGAGAACCAAGGACAUUUCGUCCACCAUCAACCAAGCGACCAUCAUUGACCUCCAUCCUGCCACAAACUACGUGUUCCGUGUGUAUGCCAAGAACCGCAUCGGCGCGAGUGAGCCCAGCAAGGAUCUGCCCAUCACCACCCAAGAAGCCGCCCCAGAUGGACCUCCUUUAGAAGUCAUAUUGGAGCCUCAAUCUUCGCAGAGCAUUCGUGUCACAUGGAAGGUGCCGCAUGGGCACCUGCGCAACGGUGUCAUCCGGGGCUACCAGAUCGGCUACCGCGAGGCUGAGCCGGGCAGUGGUGCCUUGUCGCAGUUCAACAUCGUGCGGCUGGAGAGCACGGGCGAGCGCGAGUCUUGCCUGCUGCAUCACCUCAAGAAGUUCACGCGCUACGCCGUGAUGGUGCAGGCCUUCAACCUGGCCGGCAGCGGCCCAUCAUCCUCUGAGGCCUACGCCGCCACGCUGGAGGACGUGCCAAGCAAACCUCCCGCAAACAUUCAAGCCGCCUCCAUAUCGGCUGACGCCAUUUCCCUGUCGUGGUCGCCUCCGCCCCGUGACGCGCACAACGGCCUCCUGCAGGGAUAUCGAGUCAUUUACUAUCCCGUUCUUCCCGACGGAGAGCUUGGGGAUGUGAGAAACUUGACCGCGAGCCAGCUGCGAGCCGACCUCAGGGACCUGGAGAAGUUCACCAACUACAGCCUCCAGGUGCUGGCGUUCACUCGCGCCGGAGACGGAGUCCGGAGCGUUGCCACCUUUGUCUGCACGCAGGAGGACGUCCCCUGCCCACCUGCGGCUGUUAAGGCUGCACCUGCUUCAGCCAGCAGCGUCGUGGUGUCCUGGCUUCCACCCGCCAAGCCCAACGGGAUCAUCCGCAAGUACAUCGUGGUGUGCGCCUUCCCUUACGUACCCCACCCCUUAAUCAGCGAGUACGAGGUGAGCCCGGAGAGCACCCACCACUCCAUCAGCAACCUCAGCCGGCACCGCCAGUACAGCGUGUGGGUGGCGGCGGUCACAUCGGCAGGGCGAGGGAACAACACGGAGAGUGUCAGCGUGGAGCCGUCUCCGAAUGCUCCUGCUCGCAUCCUGUCCUUUGGUGGCCCCAUCUCCUCGCCGUGGAUGCGUGACGUGGAGCUCCCAUGCCGCUCUGUGGGGGAGCCCACACCUGUUGUCCGAUGGACGAAGGAAAGUGACACGUCACAAGUGGCAGUGCCUGCGGACGAACACGGCUCCUUCCUGCCAAACGGCAGCUUACUUCUACGCUCCGUUCGAGCAGAAGAUUCGGGAGAAUACAGCUGUACAGCCUCCAACGCGUGGGGCUCUGACGCACUGCUAAUAACCCUACUGGUCCAAGUGCCUCCUGACCAGCCCAGGCUGAGUGUUUCUAAAACGAGUGCCUCUUCUAUCACUCUAUCCUGGAUCCCAGGAAACAAUGGAGGAAGUCCCUUGCGUGGCUACCUGUUGCAGUACUCGGUUGACCGCAGCGAGCAGUGGGAGGAGAUGGUCAUCUCCCCGCACCAGAAGCGCUACGCCCUGGAGCGGCUGCGCUGCGGCACGUGGUACAAGUUCACGUUGGCCGCGCGCAACGUCGUGGGCACUGGCCGCAUCAGCGAGAUCAUCGAGGCCAAGACGCACGGCAGAGAACCGCACUUCGUCAAGGACGCCGAGUUGGUGCUGCCCAUGAACGUGAGCGUGGUGCGCGUGAACUUGCGCGGCUGGGAUGACGGCGGCUGCCCCAUAUCAUCCCUGGCCCUCGAGUACCAGCCCAGCGGCGCCGGCGUCAACGCACCAGCCGGUCCAGGCGGCGGCGGCGGAGGCGGCGGCGGCGGCGGAGGCGGCGGUGGCGGCGGCAGCGGCGGCGGUAUUGCCGGCGCCGGGGGCGUGAACCCGGGCGCCCCGGGAACGGCCGUGGGGGCCGCCGUGCCGCCCGCCGGAGGCCCCGGCGCGGCCGCGGCCGGGGGCGCCGGGGCGUCCAGCGCGACCUGGAGCCCGGUGCUGGAGACGUCGGACGCGGCCGCCCCCAUCAUGCUGGCCGGCCUGCUGGAGGCCACGUGGUAUCGGCUGCGCAUGCGCGCGUGCAACGCCGCCGGCUGCGCCGAGCACAGCGCCGACUUUGCGACGCUCAACUACGACGGGAGCACCAUCCCGCCACUCCUGAAGGCGACGGUGACGGUGAACAACGAGAACCUGUCGCCGAGCCAGGAACUGCGGCUGCUGCUCAUCGUGUCUUGCCUGCUGGGCCUCGGCUUGCUCACGCUGGCUCUGCUUGUCUACAUCCGACGCCGCCGGCGGCAGCAGAGGCUCAAGCGUCUGCGAGAUGCGAAAAGUCUUGCGGAGAUGCUGAUAAGCAAAAACUCGCGCCCCGUGGACACGCCGGUGAAAAGGGAGCAGCAGACUCCACGCAUCCACAUCGACGUCCCCCGGGGGCAGCUUCUGAUUGAGAACAAGGACAGCACGGAGCAGCUCGGCCCAGAGGCCCAAAACAUCAAUCGGCCAGCAACAAACAGCACUAUCAAAGAUGUAAUAGAGGGGGACGACAAGUCCACCAUUCUCCUGACGGACUCCGAUUACAGUCAGGCUGGGAAGUCACGGACGUACAGCGGAGGGCACACCUUGCCCCACCCCCAUCCUCACCCCCAUCCUCACCCGCACCCCCACCCUCACCCCCAUCCUCACCCUCACCCAGCUCCAGCUGCAGGACCCGUCGACACGCUCAUCGAUACCUCCAACACACGACCGGGCACAAACCCAGUGUCGCGCAAGCACGUGCGCCACCCGCCCCCACCACCUCGGAGCCGCUACGCCAGCCAGUGGACCCUGAGCCGCCUACAGGGAUCUGCCUGCGCCCGCACGCUGCCGCCGGACUGCCGCGUGAUCACGCCCCGGGCAGCCGACUGCCGAGUCAUCACGCCACGCACAGGCGAGAGCGACAGCUACAGCAUCAGUCCCUCUCAGGACACAGACAAGGGCCGGAACAGCAUGGUGUCGACGGAGAGCGCGUCGUCCACUUACGAGGAGCUGGCUCGAGCGUACGAGCACGCGCGGAUGGAGGAGCAGCUCAAGAACGCCACCUUCGAGAUCACCGAGUGCUUCGUCUCCGACACAUCCUCGGAGCAGCGGCUGACGGGCGGCACGGCGGGUACGGGCGGCGAGCCCGGCGGAGACAGCCUCACGUCUGGAAGCACGCCCAGCGAGUCGGGCAUCUGUCGCUUCACCGCCUCUCCGCCCAAACCGCAGGUGGCGAGCACGAACCAGGGAAGCAUGGCCAUGCCCAUUGCGCACCGUGCAGGAGACUACUGUAACCUCCCAGUCUACGUGAAGAGGGAAGGGGCUGCCGGGAAGGUGGCGGCUCCGCGGGAGGUCGCCGUGCCCCAAGCGAGCGGAAGCAACAUCCCCGAACCGCAGGCCAGCUUCCCCAAGCCACCUGCUUCAAGCGCUGGCAGAGAACAACCUGCACCGGUCCACCCUGCCUUCCCGCCAGCCAACGCGCCACCGCCCUCCUCCGAAGGGCCUCCUCUACCGCCUCCCGCCAACGCGGCCCAUCGUCAUGGCUCCAACCCUUCCAUCAGACCUUCAGGCUCUAGAGACUCGAUAGAUGAGCAAGGCCUAGCUGGACCCAGCAGGCCUCAGAAGCCUGGUGCUAAUGUUUACUCAAAGUCUUACACACUGGUUUGAUAUUUCUCACGCAGUAUAGUUUGUUUGAUGCCGAUGGAUGACAUUUCUAUGGUCUUAACCGAGAUAUGAAAUGUCUAAAAAGUAGAUGACAUUUUUUGGAACUUUAGAACUAUAUUGUGUUUGUGUGUGUCUUAAGGAACCAACAGGUUAUAGACUACAUUUGCAGUUUGCUUCAACGAUUGUGGGCUGCUGAAAUUUGAAAGAAAGGGUUUUAAAAUGUAUCCUUUGGAAUGGACCCUCUGAAAGUCAGGCUAGAGUAAGUCAAGUCGCUGCUAAACAGUCUAGGUUUGGCCUUGAAUACAUAUGGCUAAUUUAACCAAAGCAAGCCAUAGCAUGAUAAAACAAA